AGCAUCCCACGGAUCCUUGAUGGCACCCAAAGUGUGAGUUGGUAGGGCAGUAGGUAUAGGUAUUACUGGUGAACUGCUUCUGCCUGCUGUUGCUGGUAAGCUUUGGCUCCGGAGUGAGUGCGAAAAAUCGCGAGAGGAAGGACGUCGUGAAGAAAAAAGGAUUCGUCAAGAUUUAUGUUCUUUUCCACAUAUCUCCUGAAUUUAGGCUAAUUGUGAUAUAAGUAGUUCAUUUUCCGUUACCAAUCGACAAAUCCCCGGCAACUCGGUACAGGGAAAUGACCGUAAAGUUAGUUUCGACACGGGUACCAUAAUGAAAGUAGUGAAAAUUUUCCACAGCUCCCAAUCCGUACUGGGGUGUGUUUAUUUUAGUGAGCUCAGCCAUUUUGGAAAAUGAUUUUGCUUCGAAUUAGUAAAAAGUUACGAGCUGAAGAAAUUAGUGAAUUUUUAGUAAAUGGUGUGAUUAGAUGUGUAGGAUAAACGAAAUUUUCGCUGAUGUAUAAGUAGUAUAAUUAUUCCAAGUGAGGAUUGAAAUGAGCAGAAGUCGUCGUUCUUCGUUUGGGCAUAGCCACUAUCAGCAGCAGUUCACAGUUACCUCGACCAUCAACUACGGCGACGGGUUAUGUGAUAAUGGAGCCAGCGUGCCCCAGAAUGGUGCUCCAUCUCCUUCGAGAUUCAGCGAAUCAUCCUAUUCAAACCUGGGAACUCGUUUGACGGCUUUUGUAUCCCCUCCCAGUGGCGAGUGUUAUCGAAAUGAUGAAAAUCUGCGACCCUGUUGUAUGCCACCACCAUCCUCUUCGGCAGCACUACCGUCGAGCGAUCGAUAUUCCACCAGUUCGGCUCCCACAUCUAUUAUCGCGUAUCCUGAUAACAGAAAUGCACCCCAUCAUCGUUCAAUGUCUCCUAGCUCUAGGAGUCGCUACCCUGUCCCAGAACGGUUUCGUGAUCCUCCGGCACCCAAAACUGAUCAAUUUGGAAAUUACUUAAUUAAUAAUCCUCCUUUGAUGACCAGUUCGGAAAGCUACAAUUAUUUGACCUCCACUGUACAUACACCUGUUAAGCGUUACAUUCCAACGCCACCGCCGUCGGAAAACUAUCAGCAAGACAUGGGUUUAGGUCCAACAUUGAUGGCCGGACUGAUAGCAUCGAAGGGAGGAAUCAACAUCAUAAACCAAUCAGCACCGAGGGCGCCCGUCGUCAGUACCCUUCCCUAUCGCCUAAAGAUAGAACCCAAGGUGCAGGCUGUUCAACAUCUAGCUGAGGAUGGGACCGAUCAUUACGCUACACCACCUCGCGCUAGGCCCGUCAAAUGCCAACAGCCGCUUUGUACGUUUACGCAAUCUGCUACACUUGGCCGACAACAGCAUCAGCUAUGUCCAGGUGCACCGGAUUAUUCCAUGCUACGCACCCCGACUCCUGUAAGUAUAAUGAGUGAACCCAUAAAUACGAACCCUACCGAUGAAGAAAACUGCUACCACUGUAGUAGUCUUCGUAGAGCCACUGGAGUCCACCAAACCACUCAAACGUCCGGUCCAAUUAGUCCCCAACCACUGUCUAUUUCAUCGGUAUCGAUGUCCGAAAUGGAACGCCAAUCCCCGUUGAACCCACCGUCGCUUGUAUCGCAUACAUCCUAUUCCCAUCAGCAUCCUCUGGUAGCUCCGGGAGAUGAUGGCCGCAAUGCAUCAUCCCUUAUAAUUUCCCAAUCACACACGCUCAACAGCUCCUGCAACAACCCAUCUAUUAUUAUCCAGUACCAACAGCAGCACAUUCAGCAUCAGCAGAUCCAACAGCAACCUCUCUAUCAACAGCUACAGCAACUACAACAACAUCAUGUACAGCAACAGCAACAAUCACUUCCGCUGCAGCAGAUUCCUACGCCUAGACUUCAGCCAGAUUCAACUCCGUCUACACUGCAACGCAACACUCAACCGCAGAUGCGAGCUCGACUAUCGCACAAGCAACGCAUAAAGGAGUAUCUACGGCGAAGUACUUCGCAAUUCUUCGGAGUAGAUCAGUUGAACGAAGAUUACGAACAACAGAAGUGGGAAGAUCGUCAGAAGCGAUUGGCGAUCCGACGGUUUGGCCCGUUGAAAGAGGAUGUCGUGGUGGGAAGAGUGAAUGAAGUGCAUGCUGAUGUGUUGAACGAACAAAGUGAUCGGCCAGAUAUUCUGCCUGCACAAAGUCAAGAUGAGCCGGAAACGGAACAGAAUCGACGUCAGCGAUUCAAUCCUUACUACAGACACGAUGGCAGUGAUGGCUUUCAAGUCGAAAGAAAGCCAUCGGUUUCGCAAAUGAUCGCAAAUGGGUUUGUCUUUGUAGUGCAGAGCUUGAGAAAUCGUAUUCCAAGGAGACAGAAGCAGUGGUCUAGAAGCUUUGCCCCUGCACACGUCGCUUUGAACAAUGACGAUAACGACUUGUGCGAUGGACUGACUCCGAUACAGGAUGACGAGCUAUUUUUUGACAUUCCAACAUUAAGUAACCAGCAACAGAUUGAGCAUGAUCUGGGAGCUGAUGGCUCGCGGCAGAUUUACAUGAUCGAUCCAAACCGGGCUGUGGUUAGCAAUGGAUGGAUAACAAAAUCUGCGGAAAUUCAGAUUCAACAGCAACGCCCGGUUCGUGGAAGGAAUGCUUUAUAUCAGUACUACGGUUCAAGGAUUACGGCCCACAUUUUGGAUAGUGUAUUGGAUAACUCCAGACGACCAUCAAGCCACAGCAUUAAGCUUCUGAGGCCAGAAUCUCUGGAUGACCGUUACGAUUAUCGACCGUUCUUCACGUACUGGGUGAACGCUACCCAAAUAUUGGUACUGCUCCUGACACUUUUGUGCUAUGGAAUAGGACCGAUAGGAACGGGGUACGAACCGAAAAGCAGUCAGGUUCUUGUGACUAGCUUGAGCUUACAAAUGGUGACUCACUACGAGCAACAGAAUAUCUGGAUUGGACCGAGAAGGGACGAUUUGGUUCACGUGGGGGCAAAGUAUGCACCGUGCAUGAGAAGAGAUACGAAGAUAAUGGAAUUGAUAUCGAAAACACGUAAGCAAGAACGAGAAACGGCGUGCUGUAUACGAAACGAUGACUCCGGAUGUGUUCAAAGCUCGCAAGCUGACUGCUCCGUCCGUGGACUGUGGCCAACGACCAUUUCAACGUGGAAGAAGUGGUCUCCGGGAGAUUCAGGACCCGGCGGUCGGAUAUCCGGAAGCGUUUGCGGCCUAGAUCCUAAGUACUGUGAAGCUCCGGCUUCGGUUGCACCACACGAGUGGCCGGAUGACAUUACUAAGUGGCCAAUCUGUAGGAAGAAUAAUCAAGCUUCUCCAAAGUUCCGCAUGAAAGACCACACCGCCGAACACAUGGUGUGUGAAGUGAUCGGACAUCCGUGCUGUAUGGGCAUUACAGGCGAGUGUAGAAUCACCACUCGGGAGUAUUGUGAUUUCGUGCGGGGAUAUUUUCACGAAGAAGCCUCGCUGUGUUCACAGGUUUCUUGUCUGAACGAUGUGUGUGGAAUGUUUCCGUUCAUCGCUACUGACUUGCCAGAUCAGUUCUAUAGGCUGUUCACGUCACUGUACCUUCACGCAGGUAUUUUGCAUAUAUUGCUUACCCUUGCCUUCCAGCACAUUCUCCUAGCGGAUUUGGAGCGACUGUUGGGAUCUCUGCGGACGGCGAUCCUGUACAUCGGUUCUGGCAUAGCCGGCAACCUAACGAGUGCAAUUUUCGUACCGUACCGUCCAGAGGUUGGACCACUGCCAUCGCUAGCGGGGACGAUCUCAUCGCUCCUGACGCUACUAAUCCUGUGCCAUUGGCGUAAUUUGAAGCGACCCCAUUUAGCUUUGCUCAAAGUACUCAUCGUAGGAGUUCUAGUAUUCGGUAUGGGGAUGAUACAAUGGCAGCAAAACUUCACCGGACUGGUGUCGGGACUGAUCUUCGGAACGACGUUCACGCUUGCCCUCACACCGUACCUCAAUGUGAGGAAGUAUAGUAGGAAAAGAAAGAUCAACCUAAUCUGGACUUGUUUCGUGCUUCAUUUCGUGCUAUACGGCUUUAUGUUCCUUACGUUCUACCUGUUUCCUUCACCAUUAUCGCUCAAUUUUGUGGACGGUAAUCAAAUCACCAGCAUCAACGACAAUGGCGGUAUACCCGAUAGCUUCAAUCCGUAUGAUACUUUCAACUACUUCAACAAUAAGAAUAGUGAUAGAACUGGUUUGGGUGGUUCCGCCGAUAGCGGUUCCGGAGGCAUUGGUAGUGGUCAGCCGCCUAGUGGUCAUCGAGAGUACGAUCGUGGAGGUGGGAGUGGAGGAGGAGGAGGAGGAGGAGGUCGCGGUGACGGUGGAGUUCGAUACGGAAAUGGUGGCGGUGCUAUCAGCAUGUCAGGCGGAACGAUCAAGAAUAUUAAUCCGAAAUACAAUAAUAUGCAUAGCAGCAGCAACGCUAAUCUUAACGCUAAAACCAAUAGCCAUAGUUCUAAACAUGUAGCUAUAUGUGAAAAGGGACAGUGCAAUCCGCGUCCGAACGCAUGACGUCGAUGUGUUUUAUGGUUUAUUCCAUUGCAGUUUGUUUACGUUUUUUUCAUUCUGGUCAUUAUUAUUGUCACGUUACACGAUAACGAAUAUAUACUGAUAUACUAUAUAUAUACUAAUGAAUAAAGAAAGCAGGAAAACGGUCAUGUACACG